AUGGCUUCGGAGCGACGAAUCAAGUCUCUGAAACUGAGAAUCCGCAGUUUAGAGACGUCCUUCAACCUCAUCAAGGUUUUCGUCGACAACUACGACGAAGAGACACAAUCGAUUGAGGUACCCGUUCGCCUGGAGAAUCUGGGUGUUCUCUGGACGGACUACUCCAAGACCCAGGCCGAGCUCGAAGCUUCCGAUGUCGACGACAUGGAUACACUCGAGCAACAGUUCAAGCAGCGAUCGCAUUUCGAAACAGAAUACUACCGAGUAAAAGGGUUCUUACUGGCCGUUAAUAAAAAUGUUUCGACUUCGUACCCGCUUCCUGUUCAGUCAAAUGCGCAUUUCCCUGCUUCUUCUCAGAUCCGGCUGCCCGAUGUGAAGCUUCCGGUGUUCAAUGGGUCGUUAGAGCAAUGGCUGAACUUUCACGAUCUGUUCGUUUCUCUGGUACACUCUUCUAGUGACUUAUCAAACAUCCAGAAAUUCUAUUAUUUGAGAUCGUCGUUAAGCGGAGAUGCCCUAAAGCUUAUUCAAACCAUUGCGAUAAGCGCUAAUAACUAUCCCGUUGCUUGGAACCUUCUUGUGGAGCAUUUCCAAAACCCUGUUCGUUUGAAACAAACCUAUGUUGAUUCAUUGUUUGAAUUUUCACAACUCAAGCGAGAAUCUGCGGCUGAUCUUCAUUCGUUGGUUGAACGGUUUGAAGCGAAUGUUCGAAUACUUAAACAGCUUGGGGAAAGAACAGAAUAUUGGGAUGUUUUACUAAUACGAAUGCUGAGUAUCCGCCUUGAUCCAACAACUCGAAGAGAUUGGGAGGAGUUUUCGUCUUCGAAAGAGGCAUCAACGUUCCAAGAUUUGGUAGGCUUCCUUCAACGACGAGUCACAGUUCUACAGUGUGUGAGCAACGGUCAGCCAGAGUGUUCAGCAACAGCUUCAGCAAAAAAAUCGACUUCUCGUCCUCCACUUGUUAGCCAUUCAACCCAGUUCAACUAUCGGCAGUGUGUCGCUUGCUCCGACCAUCAUCCAUUGUACCAGUGUUCCGUUUUUUCUAAAAUGACUUCCGAAGACAAAGAGAAACUUGUGCGCCGCCAACAACUUUGCCGAAAUUGUCUACGGAAGGGUCACGUGAGUCGAAACUGUUCGUCGAAAAAUACCUGUCGGAAGUGCCGAGGCCGACACCAUAGCCAGCUCUGCAGUGAAGACCAUUCUCAACAGGAGCGGAUCAAGCAACGAGUCGAAUCAACUUCAACAACGGAUACCGGUGCUACUAGCGAAGCAGCAUCAACAUCACUUUCAGCAGCGAUUCAUAACCCAGGGGCUGGUCGCCAUUCCAAUAAGGUGAUUCUCGCAACAGCUGUGAUAACUUUAGUCGACGAUCACGGCAAUUCACACACAGCAAGGGCACUUCUGGAUUCAGGAAGCGAGUGCAGCUUCAUUACCGAGUCGUUUUCUCAACGGCUUCAGAGUCGUCGUGAAAAGGUCCACCUAUCGAUCUCCGGAAUUGGUCACACGUCUACACAUGCCCGCCUGAAGCUCCGCACCACAGUACGCUCUCGCAUUACUCGGUUUUCCACCAUCGUCGAAUUGCUUGUACUUCCGAAACUCACUCUAAAUCUACCGUCGACAACCAUGAACAUUUCGAGCUGGAGCUUUCCAGAGGGAAUUCAGCUAGCAGAUCCAGCGUUCUACCAGGCAAAUACCAUCGAUGUAGUUCUGGGCGCUGAAAUAUUCUUCGACGUCUUCAAACCAUCAGGCAGAAUAUCAAUUGGAGAUGGCCUUCCGAUGCUGGUGAAUUCGGCCUUUGGAUGGGUGGUCUCUGGAAAAUUCAUGCAGUCGAAUCAGCUCAACACUAUUUCCUGCAACGUUGCUACUGUGGCGGACAUCCAUCGAUUCAUGCAACGGUUUUGGGCGAUUGAGGAGGAGAGCGCCGUUCCUAGUCUCUCGGUAGAAGAAGCGGCUUGCGAGGAGCAUUUUCGUCGCACAGUACAACGAGCGUCAGAUGGCCGGUAUAUUGUGCGAUUGCCUUUGAAGGAAGCUGCAGACACCAUAGGCGACAACUGCAACACUGCGCGACGUCGUUUUCAUAUGAUAGAAUCUCGCCUUCAACGCAAUAGGGAGCUACAGAUUCAAUAUCGGGACUUCAUGACAGAAUACGAAACUCUCGGCCACAUGCAGCGAGUGACGGGCACAGUUGAAUCCGAUUCUUCCCGGUAUUAUCUACCUCAUCAUCCUGUGAUUCGAGAAACAAGCUCUACUACCAAGGUGCGAGUUGUUUUUGACGCCUCGUGCAAAUCCGCUUCCGGAAAAUCGCUAAAUGAUGUGCUUAUGGUAGGCGCAGUCAUCCAGGACGAUCUGAGAGCCAUCAUUCUGAGGUCCAGGCUUCAUCAGAUCAUGCUCAUCGCUGAUAUCAAGCAGAUGUAUCGUCAGAUACUUGUUGACGACAGAGACAUCCCACUCCAGCGGAUUUUUUGGCGGAAUUCCCCGGACCAACCUCUAGAAACAUUCGAGUUGAAAACGGUCACUUAUGGUACGGCCAGUGCACCGUUUCUCGCUACCAGGGUCCUCCAGCAAUUAGCCGAUGACGAAGAGACGAACUUUCCAGAAGCAGCCAAGGUCCUCAAGAGGGAUGUUUACGUAGACGACCUCUUCACCGGCGGAAGUUCUCCAACGACGGUAACUGAACUACGGACUCAGCUUGACCAGUUAUGCCGGAGAGGCGGAUUUGAAUUCCGAAAGAUUGCCUCUAAUUGCGAAUCGGUUCUCGACGGCAUUUCUUCUGACAGACGUGCCAUUCAAUCCUCGGUCGAACUGGCGGCAGACCAGUGCAUCAAAACUCUGGGCCUACACUGGGAACCUACGGGUGACAACUUGCGGUUCCACAUACAACUACCGAAGCAGCCUCCAGACACCCUUAUGACGAAACGAAUUGCUCUGUCACAAAUCGCGCAACUUUUCGAUCCUCUGGGCCUGGUUGGGCCAGUCAUCGUAACCGCCAAAAUUUUUAUGCAGACGCUGUGGAGCCUUACAUCUGACGACGACAAACCGUGGGGUUGGGACCAACCACUGCCAGAUUCGCUCUCCACCUAUUGGAUUAAUUACUAUUCUCAGUUGCCUCUGCUCGAGCAGCUAAGAAUACCUCGUUGUGUCGUAUUGCCCAACCCAAGUAACAUCCAGCUUCACCUAUUUUCGGACGCAUCGGAACAAGCCUAUGGCGCCUGCGCGUAUCUUCGAUCGACCGAUUCGUCUGGGAAUAUUUUGGUUUCAUUACUAACGGCAAAAUCGAAAGUUUCCCCCCUAAAAAGGCGUAGCAUACCUCGUUUGGAACUUUGUGGGGCCCUAGAAGCAGCGCAACUCUAUCAGAAGGUCUGUUCCGCUCUUGGGUCGACGUUCACAACCUUCUUCUGGGUCGAUGCCACAACAGUGUUGGCCUGGCUUAAGGCUAUCCCGUCGGUAUGGACUACGUUUGUGGCAAAUAGAGUAUCCAAAAUCCAGCUUGCAACGGUGGACACCUGCUGGAACCAUGUUGCAGGGCAACAGAACCCUGCAGACCACAUCUCUAGAGGCAUCGGGGCAGGAACGAUUCUCUCGUGCGACCUUUGGUGGAAAG